UAUCUACCGGAAUACCCUCUACCUUUUUCUUAUACUCAUACUCAUUUUCUAUAAGUACAGAUAUAAUACUGUGUCCUUUUCCUCAAACUGUUAUAUUCUCUAUUUCUUUUGGUGUCAAGUUAAUUGACCAUUUACUUGUUCAUUACAUUUCCAGUGGCUUGUCAUAAUCACGCCGCCGAGAAAGAAGAAGAAAAAAAUGGCUGAUACCAAAUCCUCUCCUUCUGCGACCAAGGUCGAUGAGGGAGCCAAGAAAGAUGUCCAAACCAGACCAGUCAAGCCAGAUGAGGCUGCAUUCAAGGCAAAGUUAGCUCAAGCCGAGAAGGAUCAUAAGCAGAGUCAAGAAAAGGCUGCUGCCGCAAAAGCAAAAUUGGACGUUACGCAACCAAACAAGAACAAGGACUCACCGGCUGCCAAACGAAGAAAUGAUUUAAUCAGUCAAUUGAAGGAAAUCAAGGAACAACAAGGUGCUGGAAAGGCUGGUCGUUUACAAGUUUUCGAUCAAAUCAAGAAGAUUGAUGAACAAAUCAAGGCCAAAGUUAACGAACAGAAGGUUGCCAAGGGAAAGGUUGGAUUCAAGAAUGUCGACGAAUUGGACAGAGAAAUCGACAGAUUACAAAAGCAAGUUGAUGCUGCUACCAUGAAGAUCGUUGAUGAGCGUAAGACUCUUACCGAAAUCUCCAACCUUCGCAAGCAGCGUAAGGGAUUUGCCGGAUUCGAUGAUACCGAAAAGUCGAUUGAAGCAUUAAAGGCCAAGAGAAAGAAUCUCCAAGACUCCCUCGACGAUCCAGAAAGCAAGGCAUUAUCCGAGAAAUACUCAAAGCUUCAAGGUGAAUUGGAUAUCUUGAAGGCCGAGCAAGAUGAUGCUUUCAAGAACUUUGGUGCCCUCAAGGCCGAGAAGGAUAGACUUCAAGCUGAGCAACAAGAGAAAUGGCUUGCUUUGAGACAGAUCAAGGAUGAUCAUUACCAAGCCGUUCGAGCUGCUAGUAACUACGAUUACAACCAACGCCAAAAGGCUCGUGAGAGAUCAAAGCUUGAGUGGGAGAAGAAACAAACUGAGGCAAAGAAGGAACGCGCUCAAAAGAUGCUCGCAGAGGCCAGUGACCCUGCCUACCUUGACGAAAUUAGAAAUGCCGAAUCAGUUCUCCGAUAUCUCGACCCAACUUACACCACAACCAAGGCACCUUUACAAGCUCCUUCUGGACUUGAAGCCGCCGCUGGACGAACUGUUGAUGAUUCUGGACUCAAGGGAACUAGAGUCUUGAAGAAGGAAGACCGUGAGGAAGAUUUCAUGAAGGGAACUGGAGGCAAGAAGGGAAAGAAGGGUAAUAAGAAGAAUGCUGCAGCUACUUCUACCCCUGCUUCAACAAAAUACAGUUGCCCACCAGCUGUUAUGGAGGAUCUCGCUAAGAUGGGAAUUGACCCACCUUUCAGCGCUGCUGAUGUUCCAGCUGUUACCGAGAAAGUUAAGGCUAAGUUGGCUCACUGGAAGGAGGACCAAGCUGCUCAAACUAAGCGCAACAUCGAGAAAGCCCAAAAGGAAGUUGAGAAACUUGAGGCCGAAGAAUCCGGAGCUGCAACCCCAGCUUCAGAAACCCCAGCCACUAAUGGUCAUGGUCAUGGCGAAACUAAGGCUACUGCUGGUGCAGAUGAGGGUGGAUCUGUAGCUAACGAAGUCGAAUUGAUCAAGGAGGGUGAAAAGGAUGCAGCUGCUGAUGCAACUGCUGCCGCUAAGGAGGAUGCUGAGGAAACUUCUUAGAUUACCUACUUAACGUAUUACAUCACUUCAGUUAGAUGUGUGAGGAAGGUUGGUGGUUGGGGCUGGCGGGGGGCAUAGUUGGGAGGGGGCAAGGACACAUACACAGGUCUGAUCUAAUGAACUUGAUGGCCUAAUGCAUGGAUGAGCGAGUGGAUGAAUGGUUAAGGAUAGACGGAAGUUGUUGACACGAAACAAAACUAAAAUUCGUUAUAUCAAGAUUUUAAUCUUUUUCCUCAUGCCUUGCUUACAUGAUUCUUUGCUAUGAUUUGUUGUUAUUGUUUGUAUCUUAUUCAAUUUAAUGUCUAAUUAAUUCAUGUCUGA